CGAACUUGUAAAAUUUAUAAUAUCUUUUUAUAGGCUGUGAUUAUUUUUCUUCAGAAAAAGUUACUGUUUUAUAUUUUUUCGUCAAAAUAAAACAGUUUCAUGGAACCUAAAGCAGUCGCUCAUCUCUAUUGUGGAGGAACAUUCGUCAUAUUCUGCAUAUUUUUCAAGUAUUUCAUGAAUAAAAUGAGUUUGGUCAGUUCUAUCAUAUUUUAUUUUAAACUAAAGAGAAUCGGACUGAAAAAUAUUCAUCCGAACUGCAGAUUUUCGAUCCGCGACUCAAAUUUCUUUGAUCUGAAAGGAAUUCAGUGAUGAUUCGCUUCUAACACAUAACAAAAACACUUUUCUUUUAGAAUACGUAGAGUUAUGAUUGUUUGUGUAAUAAUUCUCUCAUUGUUUAUUAGAACAAUUAAUGGUCAAGAAUGGCCAUCUGUGAAUGCAUCAUUAGACUAUGUUCAAUUACUCGGUCUAUUUCCUGCUUAUGACUCUCAGUUAUUUUCACCUAUUUUACUGGCACAACGUUCUGGUAUUCUAUUAGAAAAUCGUUACCUAAUACAUUAUGCAGAAGUUGUAACAAAUAGUAACGAUAAUGGUUUAUCCAUCUUGGAUCAUACAUGUCAAAAAGUGACACAAAUGACUAUUACUGGUAUUGUUGGCCCAGCAUAUUCAAGUGAAGUACGAUUUAUUGCACCGUAUACAUCACGUAUUGGUUUACCAUUAAUUUCAUACAGUGCAACAAAUCCGGAUUUAUCUGAUACAUCAAUGUAUUCGUCAUUUUAUCGUCUUGCACCAUCAGAUAGUAAUUUAGCUUUAGCCAUUAUUAAAUUAUUUGAAUUAUAUAAAUGGCAUACAUCAAUUUAUUU